CCUUUGAGUCGACCAGAGUAUGAGUAAGACCGCAAUUAACACAGAAUAAAAAUGAGAAUUGCUCCAGCACCACUGUCUCCUUCUCACGUAUUCCCUUUGACUGUUCUUGAAUCGCAUUGAUCUGAGAGCGGAGCAAGAUUCCAUGGAGAUCGAGAGGCUGCCGGAGGAGCUCCUCCAGGUAGUGAUCUCUCUCACUUCACCUCAAGACGCCUGCCGCACGGCCGCCGUAUCCCGGGCCUUCCGUGCUGCGGCCGACUCCGACGUCGUCUGGUCAUGCUUCCUACCUCGCGACCUCCCACGGUUCGGCCGGAAACAGCUCCCGCGCUCGCCGUUGUCGUCUAAGAAGGGCCUUUUCGAACGCCUCGCUGCCCAGCCCGCGCUCCUCCCAGGCAAGCUUGUGAGCAUGCAACUUGACAGGGUAACUGGCGCCAAGUGCUACACGAUGUCGGCAAGAGCGCUGCGCGUUCCUUCCUGGGGCGACACGCGGCGCUCUAGCCGUUGGAUCCACAUCGAGAUUGACUUCAUCACAGGGGGCAAAAGGUUCUCGGAGGCAGCUCAAUUUUUGGGUGUUAGGCGGCUGGAUAUCAGUGGCAAGAUACGGAGCAAGAUGCUCUCCGAGAACACAGCGUACGCUGCUUACAUGGUGUUCAAGCUAGGAGAAAGGCUCCAUCGGCUGGAUUUCCCCUUCCAGGAAGCAUCGGUCAGCGUUGGAGGGAUCCAACAAUCGACCCGGCAAGUUUGCCUCCAAGCAUGCCUCAACGAGGAAGAAGACGUUGUAGCCGGGGCGCCGCCGUAUCACAUCCUGCCAUCUAUUGUGGGUCCUAGCACGGUUACACCGGGAGAGGACGUGGUGCUCCCUCGAAGAAGGGCAGAUGGUUGGAUGGAGGUGGAGCUUGGUCAAUUCUACAAUGAGGAAUGCGAUGAUCGCGAGGUUUCCAUUAGUUUGACGGAGAUAACAUCAAACGUUGAUAAGAGUGGUCUUAUUGUGCGUGGCGUAGAGCUUAGGGCAUCAACAACGUGUGAAUAGCAGAUGGUUUCUUUUCCUUUAUGACCGGUACGAUAAGUGGUGCUCUUUCAACAUUCUGAUUUCUGAACUCAUUGGCCAUUUGCAAGGAAAGGAACAACUUGCUUACCCAGCUACUGCAGUUAGGGACCUCAUCCUCUCUGAUCUUCUCGCCUGGAAUCUUGCCGGGAUGAAUGAGACAUAGUGGUUCCAUCGACCAUAAAGGUCGAACCCAUUCACUUACGGUGAGUACUCCCUGCUUACCGGUCUACAGGGUAAUUACAUAUUUCGAGAAAAAAAUUGACUACUUAUUUGGUCAACAAAAUAUACAUUGUAUAAUUUUUGUGUUAUAUAUCUUAUAUUUUGUUGAUCAAAUUUAUAGUCAAAGUUUUCUCUUGAAAUACGUAAGGGAGUAUAAUGGUUAAUCCGCGUGUCAGUCAGUACAGAGUACAGACGUUACUUGUCAUAUUCUGAUUUUUCAUCCUUUGUAUUUCCU